GCUAAUUAUAAAUUUACAUUUACACACUUGAAUCGUUUCAUCUUCCCUUUCAUCUCUCUGUAAACCCUAAUAAAUUGCUACGAUACAAGAUGUCAGACAACAUACCAUUCGAAAUCCAAUCGGAAAUCAUCAAAAGACUUCCCGUCAUAUCGUUGAUUCAAUUCCGAACCGUCUCCAAACCCUGGAAGUCUCUCAUCGACAGCUCUCCUUUCAUCAACCAUUAUAGCACCCAAAACAAGCAGAAGCAACGUCUGCUUGUAACCUACGAUGACCCACUUGAUUCAGAGACAAAAUAUGUUUCAAUUGCUGAUGAAGACGACACGUUCCCCCACCAGAAGCUCUCCUACUCUUUUCCCCUGUUGGCUAACGUACUUCAACAUUCUUCCAUAAUUGGUACCUCUCACGGGUUGGUAUGUUUGUACGGCUCUGAUGAUUCUGGAAAGGACAUGGCUGUUGUUUGUAAUCUUUCUAUUAGAAAAGCAGUUGGUGUUAUUGUGCCUAAUCUGCCAAGUGGGACUACAUACGGAAUAGUUGUAGGUUUUGGGGUUUGUGGUGAGACUACGGACCCUAAGAUAGUCAAGAUUACAUAUGUUAUUGAUAGGUGGAUCGAUAUAGAAAGUGUAAGUAGCAUCCCGUGGCAAGUUGAGGUUUUUACAUUGAGCACGGGGGCUUGGAGAGCUCCGUAUAGCAACAGUCUCCCAAGUAGAUCAUUUCACUUUAAUAUGGAUUCGGUAGUCAUAGACGGAGUUCUUUAUUGGCUUGCUCUUGAUGGGAUUAAUACUGGUCGUGGUCGUAUCUAUUAUAACCUGAUUGUUACAUUUGAUUUGACAAGUGAAGAAUUUGGAGAAAUACACCUCCCGGACAGUUUAGCCAACGCGGACGAUUAUAAUUUGUCCAUCUCUAAGGUAAGGAAGUCUCUUGUUGUGAUUAAAACCUUUAUGAAUGAUGAAGGUUUCGGUGUGUGGGUGAUGCUAGAUAGUGUCCCGAAGUCAUUUGUAAGGAUAUUCACAAUUAAAUCGCCAGAUUUAUCUGUCAAGGGAUUUAGGAAGAACGGUGAACUUAUAAUUGAAAGUGUAGAACGUCAUCCUGGACAGCGUGAUAGUUCAGUGCUUGUGGCUUUUGACCCCGAUUCAAAAGACAUCAAUGAUUUUGAGAUUAAUGCUUCCGCCUAUUCAUCUUGUGUGUAUCCUCACAUUGAAACACUACUUCUGCUUGAUCAACCAGAUUUCGUUAUUUAUGACCAAGGUAAAGCAACAUUGCAAAGCGGAGAGCUACAAGCAUAAGACAUUUGAAGCAUACAAGCAAGGUACUGAUUUCAUGCAAUAGAAGAUGAUCGUGAAUUAUCAAGAUGCUUUGGUUUCGUAACGUGCAUCACUUCAUAUUUGGUAUGCCCUUCAGUCACCCAUGUCUCAGGGCUAAAUUUAUGUUAUUUUGUGUUUUAGUUCAAGUUCUGCAAACUUUUAUUUGAGUGACUUUCUUGAUGAUUUUGUUAUUAUUAUUAUUAUUCCCUCUUGUGUUGAGCAUA